GCAAUGCAACCGCAACACAAUUGUUUAGAACGGGCGGCAAAUUUUGUGCGGGAAAUCAAGUGUAGUUUCUGUAAUUAAGUCUGUCAGUACUCUUAUGUCCAAAAUACUCUUUAAUUGCAGAGAUUAAUAUCUCAUAUGAAAAAUGGAGUCUAUACAAGAGUUUCUGAAAGAGAGUUUGCUAACAGUUGAUUUAGGUACUGUUACCAAAGCAGAAUUGAAGCAAAUGUAUUUGAAAAAACAAGGUAUUGCCAAGAUGUCUAAGGAAGAAAAAAAACUGUUUUCUGCUGCUGUUGUAUCUGCAUAUACUGAUUUCGUGAAAAAGAAGCCUUCGAAUUCUGAAGACGCUAUUACAGAUAAUAAUAUUGAGGUCAAUGACUCUAAAAGUGCUUCUGAAAGUACAAGUUCUGAUGUUACGGAUGAUCAUUCUUGUGAUUCAGGUCUAGGCGUAAGUCAUAAAGAAUCUCUUGAAGCUGUAGAAGUCAAAUUAAAUGGAAAUGAAUUUAAUCCAACUGAUGACAAUGAAACUUUGAGUGUUCAAGACUGUGAAUCUUUAGAAAAAGGCUCUUCUCAUUUUCUAAAUGGAAGCAAUGAUAAUAAUGAUAGUGCUAUGAACUUUGAUGAGAAAAGGAAAGGAAAGCCAAUUGCUGAUACUUCUGAUGAACCUUUAAUGCAUAAGAAAGAUAUUAUAAAAAAAUCAAAAAAGAAAAAAGAGCCAGUUGUUGAUACUAAUAAAAAAUCUGAGGAAAAGAAAGAAAAACCUGUUGCCGAUACUGCAGAAGAAUCUGACGAUGAACAUUUACUGCCUAAGGUAGAUGCUAAUAAAACAUCUAAGGCAAAGAAAGAAAAAUCUGUUGCUAAUACUUCUGAAGAAUCUGAUGAUGAACCUUUGCUGCCUAAAAAAGAUGUUGUUAAAAAAUCUAAGGAAAAGAAUGAACAAGCUCUUGAUAUUUCAGAAGAAUCUGAUGAUGAACCUUUACUGCCUAAGGUAGAUGCUAAUAAAACAUCUAAGGCAAAGAAAGAAAAAUCUGUUGCUAAUACUUCUGAAGAAUCUGAUGAUGAAUCUUUACUGCCUAAGAAAGAUGUUAAAAAAUCUAAGGCAAAGAAAGAAAAAUCUGUUGCUAAUACUUCUGAAGAAUCUGAUGAUGAACCUUUACUGCCUAAAAAAGAUGUUGUUAAAAAAUCUAAGUCAAAGAAAGUAAAAUCUGUUGCUAAUACUUCUGAAGAAUCUGAUGAUGAACCUUUACUGCCUAAAAAAGAUGUUAAAAAAUUUAAGGCAAAGAAAGAAAAAUCUGUUGCUAAUACUUCUGAAGAAUCUGAUGAUGAACCUUUACUGCCUAAAAAAGAUGUUCUUAAAAAAUCUAAGGAAAAGAAUGAACAAGAUCUUGAUAUUUCAGAAGAAUCUGAUGAUGAACCUUUACUGCCUAAGGUAGAUGCUAAUAAAAAAUCUAAGGCAAAGAAAGUAAAACAUGUUGCUGAUACUUCUGAAGAUGAUGAGCCUUUAUUGCCUAAGAAAAAAGUUACUAAAAAUUCUGUUUCAAAUGACUUUUCUAGUGACUCUGAUAAUGAACUUCUUAUUAAGUCUAAAAGACAGAAGAAGGAGCAGAAAUUAUUACUGCCUAGUAAGGAAGUUAAACAUCAGAAAAAGUCACUUAGCAAAGUUGUCAAAAACUCAAAGAACAAUGUUACUUCUCAACCAACCAAUCGAAAGCUUAAAUCUUCAGGAAGAAUUGAGAAGUCUUUCUUAGAUUCUAGUGAUUCAGAUGAAUCUCCCUUAAUUUCUCUAAAAGCAAAAAGUAAUCGAAAAAAUUCUUUGAAAAAUUCGGACCAUGAAGAAACUAAAGAAAACAUUACAAAUAAUUUUAAUCGCAAAAUAUUGAGUGAUUCAGAUGAAGACUCAUUUUUACCAGCCAAAAAAAGAAAACGAUUGUCAAAACCUGAACUUCUGUCUUCAAAUGUUGGGUCUAGUGAGCACGGUGCAAGCUCAAGUGAUUCAGAUGAGCCAUUAAGUUCUUUAAAAACAAAAACCAAAAUGGAAAUGUCUUUGACUAAACCUACAAGUGAGCAGACCAAUAAUGAAGUUGAGAACAAUAAGCAAUCAAGAGAAAGCAACCUAAAAAAAGAAAACAAAAAUUCUCAGGAAACCAGUGAUAUAACUGUGGAGGAUGAAGAUGAAGACAUGUUAGCCGCUACAAAGAAAACUAAGUUUUCCAAUAGUCUUUCAGGCUCAAAUAUUAGUAGUUCAGAUGAAGAACCACUAGCUUCUUUCAAUAAAAAUGAGACUUCAAUGACAAAAAGCUCAUCCAAAUAUAAGUCUACCGAUAAAGAAGGAAAAACAUUCUCAGAAAGUAACAUCUCCCAAUUAUCUACAGUAUGUGCAGUUUUAUUUUAAACGCAUACACAUAUU